CGGUCUUCCCCUUCAUUUCAUCGGAACGCUGUCGGGCAUUGUUGUUGUUAUGAAACAGAGUCAUAGUGUAUGUUUUCUUCAAAGAAUAACGAGCCGGCGAAUAUCGUUGGAAUUCAAUCCGUAUUGUCUCUAAAUCGACUAGCGAGAUAUGUCUGUGAAACGGGUGAUAUAUGUAAUGAAUGGGGAAGUGUCGAGGCGUUACUUUACUUUAACAAGUUAACCGUAAUCUGGUUACGGGGUUGACUGAGGUAAGGACAGUGGUUGAGGUGUUUUGUUAGAUGCCUGAAUAUAUAGAGAUUUUUUUUCUCUCUCUUUAUAACAGUCAGCUUGAUCGUAAGGAAACGCUACGUGUGAUCAGAUGGACACGGACAUGUUGGGGAAUAACGAUCUGUACUCACACAAGUAGGACCUAAUAUUUGUUUUCAAUGUGGAAUUCUAUUUUUGCUUGUUGAGUAUUCAGAUAUUCAACCUAUUUGAUCGUAUUUAGGCGAACAUAUUAGGUAAUCAAAAUAUCUUCCAACAACAAUUUGACUAUAAUUAGAAUAGAUAUAUUUUUCAGAAAAUAACCUAAUAUUCUCGAAACAAUCAUGUCAGACUAUACACAGAGGUCUCUGCCUUUUUGUCAGCGGCUGAGUUACGCUGUGGGACACUUUCUGAACGAUUUGUGUGCGUCUAUGUGGUUCACCUACCUGUUGGUGUACUACCACUCCGUGCUGGGCUUUCAAAACACCUAUGCAGGUGUGUUACUGCUGGUGGGGCAGAUAGCGGACGGGGUCUGCACACCCCUUAUCGGCUACGAGUCGGACCGGACGCCGGGGUGUGGGACAUACGGCAAGAGGAAGACAUGGCAUUUAGUGGGUACGGUCAGUGUGCUGAUGUCCUUUGCGUUCAUCUUUAAUCAGUGUCUGGGGUGUGACCAGUACACCUCUCAGUGGGUCAGCCUGACGUACUUCAUCCCAUUCAUCAUCAUCUUCCAAUUCGGCUGGGCUGCCACGCAGAUCUCACACCUGUCACUCAUCCCUGAGCUGGUGUCCUGCGAACACGCCAAGGUGGAGCUCACUGCUUACAGGUAUGCGUUUACAGUGAUGGCCAAUAUAACAGUGUACGCUGUGGCCUAUCUGCUGUUCCACUUCCAGACCGGAUCAGACGAGGACCCCUCUCUCACCGAGACUCUGGGGCCCAUAGAUAUCCCUAUAUUCAGGAACCUGAGCCUCAUCGUGCUGGGUAUCGGUGCUCUUUUCUCUGUCCUCUUUCACCUGGGCACACGGGAAGAGAAGGGGGGAGCAGGGGAAGAGAAGAGAGAAGAGGAGGAUGAUGAAGAAGAAGAGCAAGGAGAGCGCCGGCCCCUUAUCCCUCGCCCUCAGGCUGCCGCCCCCGUCCAGUCGCUGCUGAGGUGGAAAUGCUGGCUGAAACAGCCUGCCUUUUACCAGGUAGCGUUUCUCUACAUGUCCACCAGACUGAUAGUGAACGUGUCUCAGACGUACAUCUCCAUGUAUCUUACCAACACUCUCAUGUUGCCAAAGAAAUACAUUGCCACUAUUCCCUUGGUGAUGUACGUCAGUGGCUUCGCUUCCUCUUUCAUCAUGAAGCCGAUCAGCAAACUCAUCGGCAAAUGUAUGACCUACUUUGUGGGCCUGCUGCUGAUCAUGGCCUUCUCUUAUUGGGUGUUGAUAGACGACCAGAUGGGUGACCGGAUCUACGGGGCAUCUGUCCUUCUAGGGGUGGGGUCAGCUACCAUCCUGGUGAUGUCACUCUCCAUGACCGCUGACCUCAUCGGGGACCAGACGCAAAGUGGAGCGUUUGUUUAUGGGGCCAUGAGCUUCACUGACAAGGUGGCCAACGGAGUAGCUGUUAUGAUGAUACAGACUCUACACCCCUGCCAUUCUCAGGUCUGCUGUCCAGCGUGUGUGUGGUACUACCACUAUGUCAUGGUCAUAGCUACAGGGGGCGUGGCCGUUAUAGCAGCUCUCAGUCUCUGUACCAUCCUUGUCUGGCCUAUCAGGAUCGUCCGCCACUCUGACAAGAAGAACCAACACAAGGAGAACAUAGACAACCCUAACUACACUCAGGAAGCGGGGCAGGGUCUGCCUUACAUCUCAGGUCUGAUGGGCAGCGAGGAUCAGGACAUCUCUGAGGACAACUCUUACCAGCCUAGACCAACGGUCAACUAAGGAACUACGGUGGGCAGAGGUGGACAGAGUUACCUGGACUCUACUGUAGUAGAGACCAGCCAGUCCCACUUAUCCCUGGGUGAAUAACCACUGCAGAACCCAGCCUGUCUCUUCAGGGAUUAUAGUUUAGCUCUGUGGCCUCUCCAGGACUCACUCGGGCAUCUUAAAACUCUCAACUGGAACAACAAACAUUUUAGACUGAAAAGUAAUCUCACCGUAGUGUUCACAAACAGCCAACUGGACUAGCAGUAUUCCUCUGAACUUUCCUUCUGGACCUGACCAGUAGCUGUUCUGUACUGUAGGGGAGUUGGGUUGAACAGCAGCCAUCAGGACCCAUUUCUACUAUAGAUCAAUAUGUUGCUUUGCUGUCGCAGAGUAUCGGUCAAUUCGGUGUACAGCAUUACUGUCAACAUGAGGGAGGUUCUACAGUAACAGUCCAUUGUCUCUCUCUCUCUCUCUCUCAAUCAGCACCUUCUCACAGUCAUACUGCAGUUGAUUCAGUGGGUUGAUUCAGUGGGUUGAUUCAGUGAGUUGAUUCAGUGAGUUGAUUCAGUGAGUUGAUUCAGUGGGUUGAUUCAGUGGGUUGAUUCAGUGGGGUUGAUUCAGUUGGUUGAUUCAAUUAUGUUGAUUCAGUUGGCUGAUUCAGUUGGUUGAUUCAGUUGGUUGAUUCAAUUAUGUUGAUUCAGUUGGCUGAUUCAGUUGGUUGAUUCAAUUAUGUUGAUUCAGUUGGCAGGAUUCAGUUGGCAGGAUUCAGUUGGCAGGAUUCAGUUCAACAGUGCCUAUAUGAUUGAGUACAUAUCUACACUGACACACACACGGGUCCAGGAUACGUACAUACCCCUCUUGAGAAAAGUCCGAUAAUACACUAUUAUACCAUCUGUUGUGAAUGUCCAAAAACAAUACAUUAUUGAACUUAAUUGACACACGAUUUAUGCUGAUUACAGCCCGCUGGGCAUAUACACUGGUUGAAUCAGCGUUGUUUCCACGGCAUUUCAAUGAAAUGACUUGGAAACAACAUGGAACAGACGUUGAAUGGCCGUCUGCCCAGUGGGAGGUGACCUGUCAUCAGAACAGCUUUUGUUUGGAGGUGAGUUGUCUGCCCAGUGGGAGGUGACAUGUCAUCAGAACAGCUUUUGUUUUGAGGUGAGUUGUCUGCCCAGUGGGAGGUGACAUGUCAUCAGAACAGCUUUUGUUUUGAGGUGAGUUGUCUGCCCAGUGGGAGGUGACAUGUCAUCAGAACAGCUUUUGUUUUGAGGUGAGUUCUAUUGUGUGUUUUAUUCCAGUGUUGGGAACAUUUAGUUCCAGUGUGGUAGUCAUUGAGUGUUGUAGUAAUAAUAUGACAUUGUGUUGCUUUAAACUACAUGUUGUGUGUUUUUGAUUACGUGUUCUAAUGUAAAUUGCAUUGCAAGUAAAAAUAAGGAUUUGUGGGGGAAUUUAUUAAAUUUAAAACGAAUCAGGAUUGUGAAAAGGGAUACCUUGCGAUAUGGAUAAACUGAAUGGAAUAAAUACUGAGCAACAAUAUAAACGCAACCAUUUUACUGAGUUACUGGUCAUAUGACUUCGUUAGGGCCUAAUCUAUGGAUCUCACAUGACUGUGUAGGGCCACAGCCGUGGGUGGUCCUUGGCGAAGGACAAAUGCACUGUGUAGGGCCACAGCCGUGGGUGGUCCUUGGCGAAGGACAAAUGCACUGUGUAGGGCCACAGCCGUGGGUGGUCCUUGGCGAAGGACAAAUGCUCUGUGUAGGGCCACAGCCGUGGGUGGUCCUUGGCGAAGGACAAAUGCUCACUAACAGGGAUGUAAAACACAUUGUGCUCAAAAUUAGAUAGAAAUAAUAUUUUUGUACGUAAUGGAACAUUUCUGGGACUCUUUACAUGUUUACAUCUUUACAACUCUUUACAUGUUGUGGUUAUAUUUUUGUUCAGUGUAUAUGAAUAGUAGAAUAUAAUUCCUGGGUGAUAUUCAGGUUACUGGACAGACAGAGGUGAUUCUACGUCUCAAACAAUAGAACUAGAAUCAUUAGAGCAGAAUCAUUCUAAUUCUACAGGGGAAACAUUUUGCACAGGGUGACUAGGAAACUGCCUUAUAGGAAGGAAAACAUUUUAUCUCUUGAAAAAUUGUUUUGUAUUCAUUGCUUUUUAUUUCCAAUAUAUUGUGAAGUGACUUUUUUUUUCUUUCCUUACUGUUCAUGUCUCUGUUUUUUUGCUCAUUCUCUGGGAAGUAUAGUAAACAUAUUUCACACUACUGUCA